AGACCUGAAUCUUUGAGGACUGAAACUUUUACACACUCGUAUGGACACACAAAAUGGAUCUACUUACAAUUCUAGUCUCACUGGCUGAUGAUGAAAAUGUCCGAGUAGCUUACAAAAAGUCGACCACAGGAGCUAUCGGUAGUGUUGCCAUUGGUGGUGCUGGUUCAAUUAUUGGGCUACUGGUGGCAGGUCCAUUGGGUGUAAUAGUUGGCGGGGCCGCAGCAGGCAUUUUGUCUUACACAAUUUCCAGAAGUCCAGGAAACUUUAGGAAUCUAAGUGAAGUAAUUCUGAAUGAUUUGUCGGAAAAGCAGAAACAAAGGCUGUUUGAGCAAGUGGUUAAGGCUGUAAGCAAAAUGAAGAAAAUCCGUGGAAAAAAUGUAAUUGAACAAAUAUAUAUGAACAAAGAGGCCAAAAUUGUUGCACUUAAUACGACAAAGACGUAUGUUACAAAAACAUUGGGAAUGACCAUUCUUAAAUAACCAACACUAUACCCAUUCAUACAAAUGACAAUUUUAUACAAAGCACCACGAGUACCUUAAUAAAGUGAUUUCUAUUAAAGCUAUA